AUGCGCGGCAAACGCUCGAAGCAAUACCGCAAACUCAUGCAACAAUACCAACUCAACUUCUCCUUCCGCGAACCCUACCAAGUCCUCCUCGACUCCGGCAUCAUCACCUCCGGCUCUGCCUUUAAGAUGUCUCUCGGCCACAUGCUCUCCUCCACCCUCCACGGAGAGAUCAAACCCAUGAUUACACAAUGCAGCAUACGACACCUCUACAACGCACCCGCAUCACCCACCAAAGAUCAGUGCAUAGAAGUUGCGAAACAGGCGGAGCGAAGACGGUGUGGACAUCACGAGUUGGAACAGCCGCUGAGCGAAUUUGAGUGUAUCAUGAGUGUCGUAGAUCCGAAAGGGAGCGGGACGAAUCGACAUCGGUAUGUGGUCGCCAGUCAGCUGGAUGAAGUGCGCAAGGCGUUGAGGAAGGUGGUCGGCACGCCGUUGGUGUAUGUGAAGAGGAGCGUGAUGGUGUUGGAGCCAAUGGCGCAGGCGACGGAGGAGGUCAGAGAACGAGAGGAGAAGAGCAAGAUCAGGGCGGGCCUGGUGGGACGCAGGGAGACGGGUGGUGGUGAGAAGAGGAAGAGGGGCGAGGACGAUGAGGCGGAUGGGGAGGAGAGACAAGAGAAAGUCGAGGCGAAGAAGAGAAAGGUCAAGGGUCCCAAGGGACCAAAUCCCUUGAGCGCGAAGAAAGCGAAGAGCGGAAAGGCGGAGGAAAAGGAAGGGGAGAAAGCGGCUCUGAGGAAGGUGAUGAAGAAGGAUCCGCAAGCAGCAGAGAAGGCUGGGUUAUUAGGCGGAGCAGCUGAGGAUAGAGAGACCGGAGGAGAUGCAACGAAGAAGCGGAAACGGAAGAGGAAGCCAAAGGACGCUGCUACCGGUGGUGUCGAGGCCGCUUCAGAAGCUGGCGGAGACGAUUGA